CUCCCUUGGUGCCUCCCUCCAUAACCACGCCCCCUUUUGCCACGCCCCUCGCCUGCUCUAUAAAAUGCCUGGUACUUCCGCAAUAAAGCAGAUCUCCCCAUUAUCCUGGUCUCCAGUGUCUGUGUCUUCACCGUGCCGCCGCUUGCGACGGGCCCAGGUCCCUCCACCCGAGAGGUUCAACCUCAACUGGCGCCUGAGCAGGGGACCCUGCGCGCCCCCCGGGAAUCAGGCCUCUUGUACAAGGAGCCACAGGUCAACAGAUGGCACUCCAGACAGCAACUCUGCUGAGAUGGAGAGACCAAGAAGGACACUCAGGACACUGUCAGCCUUUGUUAUUACAAGGUUUGCCCCAAGUCCUUUGGGGAAGGGAUAUUUUGUCACAACUAGAUGUCAAAUUAACUACUGAACCACUCCCCCCCUCAUAGGGGCCAUUGCUCCAGUGGUUAAACCACAGCCCACACGGCUAACCUGGGACACUGACGAACCUGUGUGGGUGGACCAAUGGCCCUUACGGUCCCAAAAACUAACUGUCCUAAAACAACUAAUCAUGGACCAACUCUCUCUAGGCCAUAUAGAACCCUCCACUAGCCCCUGGAACACCCCAAUAUUUAUAAUCCACAAAAAGGAUAAAAAUAAAUAUCAUCUACUUCAUGAUUUGAGAGAAAUUAACAAACAUAUAAUCAAGAUGGGAGCACUCCAACAGGGGCUACCCUCUCCCACAGCUAUACCAAAAGAUCAUCACAUUGUGGUAGUAGAUAUUAAAGAUUGCUUUUUCUCCAUCCCCCUUCAUGAAAAGGAUAGACCUAGGUUUGCAUUUUCUGUCCCUAUGACUAAUCAUCAGGGCCCAACCGAAAGAUAUCAGUGGAAAGUUCUUCCUCAAGAAAUGAUAAACAGUCCAACUAUAUGCCAAAUGUAUGUAGAUACCGCCAUGAAACCCCUCUGAGGGUCCUAUCAUUGUAUCCACUAUAUGGAUGAUAUCCUUCUUUCUCAUACAGACCCCCAUCAACUCCAACUAGGACUACAACAAUUAUUAGCCAGUCUUAACGUAAUAGGACUUCAAAUUGCUCCAGAUAAAAUCCAAAUUAAACCAACCUAUACAUAUCUUGGUCAUCACAUUUCUGAUAAAAUCAUCCCUGUUGCUCCCAAGAUCUUCAGACAACCAUCACACUCCCUAACAGAGGUACAACAAUUAUGUGGGGUCAUCUAUUGGCUACGGCCAGCCACGGCGCUAUCUUCUGAUCGACUGCACCCCUUGUAUGACCUAUUACAGGGAAACCCAGACCCUACUUCCCCUCGAGUUCUUUCCCCACAGGCCCAACAAACAUUAGAUUAUGUUGAACAAGCCAUACAACAAGCUCAAAUUGAAAGACAUGAUCUUAAUCAGCCAAUUCUAGCCAUUGUACUAACCACACCAACCAUGCCAGUGGGAGUUCUGCGGCAGCAGGGCCCUCUCAUGUGGACCCAUGUUGCCUACUCCUCCCUCUCCAAAAUUACCCCACUCCUAACAAUUAUCUGUCACCUAGGAACACAACUCAGAAAGUUGGCUGUACUCCAUUAUGGACGUGAACCAGAUACUCUCCCCCUCACAAAUAAUCAACUAGAGGCUCUCCUACCGCACAACUUAGACCUCCAGAUGUUGCUAUUACAUAUCCCUGGCCAAACCUCCAAUCAUUACCCCUCCAGCCGUACCCUUCAAGGCCUCCAACAAUUACCACUCAUGAGGCCGUCUCAUUUUCCUUCCUCGACCCCUAUACCUCACAGCAGAGUUGCUUUCAUGGAUGCUUCUAAAACUACAUAUGCUAUUAUAAUUCACCACCCUCAUGACUAUAACCACCCAAAAAUACAACUUACUAGACAUACCUUUUCUGUUCAAGUAGCUGAGCUUCUAGUGCUACAAGUUUUACAACACUGUCCAGACUGUUCUAUCAACAUCUUUUCUGAUAGCCAAUAUGUGGUACAGAUAUGCCAUGUCAUCCCACAUGCUGUCCUAAAACAAAAGGACACCAUAUUAGACAGAGCCUUAAAGACUCUACAAAAUACUCUCCAACAUAGAAGACAUCCUUGGUACAUACAACACAUCCGCUCUCAUAGUGGACUUCCUGGUCCUAUUGCUCAAGGCAACCAACUGGCGGACAGCUUAGUCUCCAUUCAAGCUAUACCAACAGUCCUAUCUGAUCUACUUACACAGGCAAAAGCCUUACACUCUAGAUUUCACUUAUCAGCAAAGGCCAUUCACCAACUCCUCCCUGAAGUUCCAAGAGCCACAUGCAAACAUCCGGUCCGUAGCUGUACCACAUGCGCCCCUUUCCUCCCGCUAGGCCCACUACAGCCUCAAGGAGUAAAUCCACGAGGACUCUGCCCCAGUGCUCGAUGGCAAAUGGAUGUCACCCAUUUCCUUCCAUUUGGCAAACUAAAAUACAUCCAUGUCACUAAGGAUACCUUCUCAGGUGCCACUAUGGCCAUGGCUAUGACGGGAGAAACAGCCCAACAUGUCUCCCGAGCCUUAGAAAAGGCCAUCCUCAUGCUAGGAAUUCUAUGGGACUUAAAAACAGAUAACGGACCAUGUUAUACCAGUCAAUCCUUUAAAAACACAUGUACCAAAUACAAUAUAACCUUACAUCAUGGCAUUCCCUAUAAUCCUCAAAGACAAGCUAUCAUAGAAAGAACUCACCAAACACUCAAAACUUUAAUAAAAAAAGAGGGGGAAUUACACCCCCAGAGUACACCAGAUGAAUUGCUAACAAAAGCUCUUAUAACCAUAAACCUUUUAACUUUGGAUGACAAAGGUCUUUCCCCAGCCCAUAAACAUUGGGGCCCAUUGCUGGCCCCUCCAACACCACUCCCCCUUGUGCGCUGGAAGGAUCCCAUGACACAAUCAUGGCAGCCCCCAGCCCCACUCUUAACCCAAGGCUGAGGUUUCGCUUGUGUCU